GAGCAGGGGGUUCGCCCGGCCCCCCGGGCCCUGGAUCAUGGGGAAUGGCAUGACCAAGGUACUUCCUGGACUCUACCUCGGAAACUUCAUUGAUGCCAAAGACCCGGAUCAGCUGGGACGGAAUAAGAUCACCCACAUCAUCUCUAUUCAUGAGUCGCCCCAGCCUCUGCUGCAGGAUAUCACCUACCUUCGCAUCCCAGUGGCUGAUACCCCUGAGGUACUCAUCAAAAAGCACUUCAGGGAAUGCAUCAACUUCAUCCACUGCUGCCGCCUCAACGGAGGGAAUUGCCUCGUGCACUGCUUUGCAGGCAUCUCCCGCAGCACCACCAUUGUAACAGCCUAUGUGAUGACAGUGACGGGGCUAGGCUGGCGAGAAGUGCUUGAAGCCAUCAAGGCCACCCGGCCCAUCGCCAACCCCAACCCAGGCUUUAGGCAGCAGCUUGAAGAGUUUGGCUGGGGGAGCUCCCGGAAGCUCCGCCGGCAGCUGGAGGAGCGCUUUGGCGAGAGCCCGUUCCGCGACGAGGAGGAUGUGCGCGCGCUGCUGCCGCUGUGCAAACGCUGCCGCCAGGGCUCUGCGACCUCAGCCGCCUCAGCCACACCACACUCGACCGUCUCAGAGGGGACUCUGCAGCGCCUGGUGCCGCGUGCGCCGCGGGAUGCCCACCGGCCGCUGCCGCUGCUCACGCGUGUGAAGCAGACUUUCUCCUGCCUCCCGCGGUGUCUGUCCCGCAAGGGCAGCAAGUGAGGCCCCUGCCUACUGGCGGGCCCCUUUCUGGGCCUCCCCAACCGGGACGGGCCUGAGGGUGCAGGAGUCCCCGGUGGCCUGUCCCCUCGCCUGCCCCUGCUUGUCGCGUCCGCAGUGUGCUGCUCUCCAUGCCCUCUGUGCGUCUGUGGUCUGUGUCUGGCCAGCCUGCUGCAGCCACCUGGUGCCUUAGUCCCUGGGCUGGGGAGGGCCCGACCUCCACCCUGAGAGACAGUGGAGUGGGCGGGGUGGGUGGGGUAGGGUGGAGGGCCUGAAGGACAUUAAAGAGACACAGAAGCUGCCUGUCCCAGUGUCUCAUCAUUCCCAAAGGCCAGACGCAGGAACUGGAGAAACGGAGAGAGGAGGGAGGCUGUGCCUGGAUCACACCUUCACUAGCUGCAGUCUGCGGGGUUGAGGCCUGGGGCCAGGCGCUAAUCUGACACUCCCUCACCCACCCGCCCAGGCUCCAGGAGCCUGGGCCCCUGACCAGGCCUCUGAGUCCCGCUUCUCUUCCCUCUCUUUGAGACCCCCUCCUCUUCUCUCGUGCCCCCCUACUUCCUAGUCACAAAUGCUGACCAGCGGGUUCCACAGUGCCUCCCUGGCCUUUUAUUGCUUGAGUUAACUUUAUCUUCAGGGGAAAAAUCCACGUGAGGUGCAGAGAGGUCAGGCAACUUGCUCAAGGACAAACAGCUAGAGCUGGAGAGGCGGGGUGUGAACUUAGUCUGAGUCCCAGCUCCUUCUGGCUUUGGAGGUUAUUGGCCAGGAGGAGCCAGCCCCAGCUAGUGGUGAUGACCCUUCCGACCUAGCAUUUAAAGGCCAACAAAGCAGCAACUGACUCCAAGGGUGAAUAGAAGUCAUCAGAACCUGUUUUUCUACAACUAACCUGACGCUGAGAGAGAUCUGAAGUAGCUGUAACCCCACAGUCACUUGAUGGGCUUCUACUUGUGCACCACGCACUGAAACAGCGCUGUGAGGGAACACAGAUCCUUGCAUGGGUGUGGGGAGGGAUAACCCUUCCCUGCCACCCAGUUGCAUGCUGGAGACAAGCUACGGCAGUAAACAACACCUCUACCUUCUUGUUGCUGAUGUGCUGGUGCAGAACACAUGGUAAAUCAAAGAACACACACCAGAAGGAGCAUUCCAGGCAGACAAAACAGGAAGAGACAAGUCCCCAAGAGGAUAGAGAGUGAAAACAAGGUGGCUGGGCUCCCCAGAGUCCUACAAGCCCGUAUCCUCCCGGCUGGUUAGUAGUAGUGCCGCCCACCCAGGUAAAACACCUGUCUGCUGUUUAGAAACCUCUAUGGGCCCAUCUAGCCCCUUGGUCCGGUGUCCUGGCUUUUCAGAAUGCUUCCUUGCCCUUCCAGCAUAACUUCCCACACUCCAGCUAAACAAUGCAUCCCUCUCUCAUGGACACUCACUCCAGCCAUCGGCUAAACUUUAUCUUCAUCUCAGUUCAUCAAGCAAAGCAGUGUUGCUAUUCAGAAGCUGAGGGAACCCAGGAUGGUGUCCAAGGCCAUCAGCUAGCAAGUAGUGGGGCUGCAAUAUGAAUGCAGGCAGUCUGGCUGCAUCUGCACCUUUUAUUACUGCCCUCUGAAAUCUAGAAAAAUACAGAGAAGGUUAGAAACUCCUGCUUGGAUGUAUCAUCUGCCUCAGACUCUACAUCCAAAAAUUCAACCAACCUCAGAUAAGAAAUAUUCCAAAAAUAGUACAUCUGUCCUGAACCUGCAGACUUUUUUCUUGUCAUUAUUUCCUAAACAAUAAAGCAUAACAACUGUUCAC